UUCAACAUAUUGGCUUCUGAGCAGAGAGGUGGCUUCCAAGUGGCGAAGCUCCUUGUUCUCAGCAAGUCCAACACCAUGGGGAAGGGAGACACCUCAGAGGCACCACCAAACGCCACGGCCCACCGCUCUGUCAUGGAGGAGUAUGGUUACGAGGUGGGCAAGGUCAUUGGUAAUGGCUCCUAUGGGACAGUGUAUGAGGCUUACUACACAAAACAGAAGGUCAUGGUGGCUGUCAAGAUCAUCUCAAAGAAGAAGGCCUCUGAGGACUAUCUUAACAAGUUCCUGCCCCGUGAGAUACAGGUAAUGAAGGUCCUGCGGCACAAGUACCUCAUCAACUUCUAUCAGGCCAUUGAGACCACAUCCCGAGUGUACAUCAUUCUGGAGCUGGCUCAGGGUGGUGAUGUCCUGGAAUGGAUCCAGCGCUAUGGGGCCUGCUCUGAGCCUCUUGCUGGCAAGUGGUUCUCCCAGAUGACCCUGGGAAUCACCUACCUGCACAGCAAGGGCAUCGUGCACCGCCUGACCCCCAGCCUUUCUGCUGCUGGUAGGGACUUAAAGUUGGAGAACCUGUUGCUGGACAAGGGGGAGAAUGUGAAGAUAUCGGACUUUGGCUUCGCCAAGAUGGUGCCUUCUAGCCAGCCUGUGCGUAAUAGCCCUUCUUACCGCAACAUGAACUGCUUUUCCCACCUCAGCCAGACCUACUGUGGCAGUUUUGCUUAUGCCUGCCCAGAGAUCUUGCUAGGCUUACCCUACAACCCUUUCCUGUCUGACACCUGGAGCAUGGGCGUCAUCCUCUACACCCUAGUGGUCGCCCGUCUGCCCUUUGACGACACCAAUCUCAAGAAGCUGCUGAGAGAGACUCAGAAGGAGGUCACUUUCCCACCUAACUACACCAUCUCCCAGGAGUGCAAGAACCUGGUUCUCCAGAUGUUACGCCAAGCUACCAAGCGUGCCACCAUCCUGGACAUCGUCAAGGAUCCCUGGGUGCUCAAGUUCCAGACUGAGCAACCCACCCAUGAGAUCAGGCUGCUGGAGGCUAUGUGCCAGCCCCCUGCCACCACUACUCGACACCAAUCUUUGGAAAUCAAGAACUGAGAAUGGCUGAGGGAGGGGGCAGGAAGAGGAGCAAAGCAGGAGGAGGGUCUGGGGCUAAUAUCU